GACUGCAUUUCUGAUCUCUAGGCAAUGGGUUGAGCUCCGGGUCCUUUGACUUCGACCGGUCGCCAACGCACAAAGGAAUCUUUCCAUGUCUUUGAUGGCAGGAGGGCGAACCCGUAUAUGGAUAUACCAUCAAGACCAAUUAAAAACUUGAAAUAGAACUUUAGAACUAGGCCCUUUCCAAAAGGAACUUUAGAACUUAUACAUUUGCGCGGGUUGCUUUCAGACAAAGCACACCGAUUGAAUAAGAUAUCUGUAGCUUGUUACGUGCGUGCAAAAAUAUCCAAUCCACUGCUGAGACCACAAGAAACUCGGACCGCGAAGCUUUUGCCCACUUCCCGAUCAUGCAAUCUCUUUCCGUAGAUUAUGCCCCGAAUGAUAAAAUAGAACACCUGUUCCUGUUCAUCUAUGCAGUCGGAUAGUAUAUAUUGGAAUUCGAUGGUCUGAUGAUGGCGACAGCUUCUUUUCACAGAAAAACUAACCUAUUGAUUUCCAACUAGACUUGAGCAUUCAAAGAGGCCCUUGUGGACCAAAGCUGUUGUAGUUGCGGUACUAAAACUAAACCGUACGUACCAAUGUCAUUCAAAAUUCAGUUUGCUUUGCUUAACAACCGAAUGCACAUUAAACAUCAAGGAAGCAUGCAGUUUGGUCGUCGCAAUAAUCAUCUAUACCUGCAAUAAUCAGGGGACAUGGACACAACAGGCUUUUGCACUGCGCCAUAUUUAAUUGUUGUCUGAUGUGCCGCACAAAGGGAUUGAUGGCGACCCGGAUCAGUUUGGUGACAUAUCGAUCCUGUAAGGAUUUAGGCGUACUUAGGUUACCGUAUCCCCAUUUGGAACGGCGGGUUAAUACUUAAUAGUUACGGAAAUUUAGCUAUUUACGUACCAUGGAAACCCCCAGCGUGGCGUGCCAACGGUCGUGCGCUGAAUCUGGGAAGAAUAAGUAGUGUUUCACGAUUUUGGAUCAUGGUCAGAACUCCAAUUGGUUUUGCUGCGACGGUGCUUAAAAAUUCCUCAACACGUAGUAGGAGUACUGGCUUAAUGAAGUUUAAUUAGGUACUACCUGAUGAUCGGGUGAGGAGGCAAUGUCCAGUUUGCGGACAAAGAACAGCAUAUCAGAUACUCAGAUUCCUCCUAGUCCGACAUGUUCCGUCCAUGAGCGCCAAAUCAAACACGGACCUUCCUCUCCAGCUCAACGUCGUCGUCCAAUAAUGAAGGAGCCGACCCAACAAUGGCGAAAAAGAAAGAAAACAAAGGCGCGGGAGAAACCCAACCCAGGGGCAUUAUUUGCACUUGUCCUUAUCACCACCGUCUGUUGUACUUGUCACGAGCAAUCUACAUGCCAAUCCACCACCCAAGGGCGCAGCACAGCGUAGGGACCCCCCCAUAACCCCAUUGCCUUUGAAUGGCCCGUAUCUGUGCCAAGUUAUCGAGUAAACGUACGUAAAGCCCGGCAAUUACUCCAGGCCGGGGAAGAAGGGGGGUCCCCCCACGGCACGCUGCUGCAGCUUCAGGCAGGCAGGAAUCGAUCGGGCAAGGGAUCCAUGGCGCGUCCGGUGGUGAUGGCUGCUACAGUUUCCGGCUGUACCCGUCCGGCGUGUCUCAACAGUAGCUAGACCGGAAACGUAAAACCGCCCUUGUCCCCACCCCACGCGCUGCGGCCAAAAGCUAGCAUAGCACGGCUGCUGCUGCUGCACGAAGACACAGAGGGAAUUGAUUUUGAAACUGACCAGGCAGUUUUUUGUUUGGAGGCCUCCCGUAUGUACGUAUAAUGUACUCCGUAUUUGCUUGGCUUGGCUAGACUAGCUAGGUAUCUUCCGUCCAUUCUGCCCUCACAUCAUCACCGAUCAGCUUUCUGGCCUGCCGUAGUCUGGUAGUCUGGUACUACACCAGCUAGUGGCACAAUUUCGAUAGGCUUGUGCUUAAGAGUCGGUUGCUUGUUGAUCAUGGUUUUACUUGUGUACCCGAGUUUAGGGGGGUUUCUUAGGCCGUUUGUGGUUGCCUCGCCAUCUGCCAAACCUUCUAUUUGAGGGGUGGCGAUCGUGCAUUUACUGGCAUGUGUCCGUGUCCAGAGGCUUAAUUUACAGCAUGUGGCUGUCUACAUUGCCAGUUUGCUCGCCACUGUGCUAAAAAGGAGAAGGGGGCGGGGGCCUUCGUUUUAUUUCCUUCCAAACAAACGCCACCGCUCUGCUCGCUACUACCUCUCUUGCGCAAACACUCCCAUGCGAUUGCGAGGAGCAACUUUUGUGAUGCCAUGACCGUUUCGGCCAUUCCCUCGCUCCGCCUCGCUGAGCUCCCGGCUUUAAUUUCUCUCAAUCAAUGGACAGGCUGCAGCGGCAUGAGGCGUUGACCGGCGGUCGGGGCGGGCGGCGGUCCUCGAUGUCUUCUCGGCGGCGGUUCCACCACGGCGGCGGCGGCGCCAGCGACAACGAAGACGGCGGCGGCCCAGCAGCGGCGGCGCCGGCUGUGGUGGACCAGGCGGAGUGCACGGCGCGGUCGUGCCGGUCGUGCGUGGCGGUGUCGCUGGCGGACUGCAUCGCGCUGGGCUGCUGCCCCUGCGCCGUGGUCAGCCUGCUGGGCCUGGCCCUCGUCAAGGCCCCGCUCGCCGUGGGCCGGCGCUGCCUGCGGCGGCUCCGGAGGCGGCAGGGGAAGCUGAGGCACAAGAAGCGCGUGCGCGACGACCUCGACCUGGCCCCUGGCGCCAAGCUGCAACCUGGCUCCGAUGCCGCGGCGGCAUCGAAAAGCGAGGACGACUUCCUGGUGACGACGGCGAUGGCGGCCGCCUCUCCGGGCCUCGGCCAUCAGGUGAUGAGCGACGCGGAAAAGGUGUGGCAGGAGAUGUACCAGGUGGGCCAUUGGGGAUUCGGCCGCCUGUCCUUCUCCGUCAACCCGCCGUCCGCGAGCGCCAGGGCCGGCUACGUGGCCACCGGCCGCGACGCCGCCGACGACGACAGCUGCGAGAGCGACGUGUGAAGAAACCCCUGCUGCCUGCCUGCCGUCUCGGCCGUCCGAUGCAUCGCUGUGUCCCGCCUCCUCCGUUCUUUUUUUCUGUCGCUGCACCUGCACGGCACGGACGGCUCGGCGGCGACAAGUCGGAAGAAUUCCACCGUCAUUGCCGGCUUUCGUGUUCGCCAGAGAAGCCUCGAGGGGGGGAGCCGAGCACCGCGAGAUGGAUGUUUCUCAUGGCUUGCGAUGAAUUCAUUCCCAGCACAUGAUCCAAUGCGAAAUCGUUUGGGGAUGCUUGGGAGGAGAAGCGGCAUGAUGGCUGGGUGGUGAGUUGGACGCCCUGACGCGCGUCAUAGCUUGGCUGCCUCGGAGCCCCGUGCUCCGGUGGCUCGGCUCCUAUCCCGGUGUUCGUUCGUCUUUCUUGAUCUUUUCUGGGUUUGGAGAUCUCGGUUUGUAGCUACAAGUUGUACAUAAUUUGUUCCUUCGAGGUUUCCAGGUCUCUCUCUCUCUCUCUCUCUCCUUGGUAAACCCUGCACAUAUUUCCGGGUAAAAUGUUUCAGCACCGGGUCGUAUCUGAGAUUUAUUUGUUUGGUUCA